AUGCAUGCCUCGCCAUCGCCAGAACAAGCGCCACCGAAGCAGCCAAGUCGGCAUCGCAAAGAACAGCAGGUGCAGCCGCAGCCACGACACGGUGAGGAGCAGAAAAGCACGAACUCACUUCGUGCAAUGUCGUCGUCAUCGAAGACCACGGCGGCCGUGGUGAUACCAAUGCCAGCGCACAGGAAUCCGCCUGCCCAACAUCCAAAGGGACAGUGCGUGAAGCCGCAGUGUGUGCCGUAA